AUGAUGAAUGUUUUCGCCAUUUCUCUUGUACUUACCACACUUGUUACAGCAGGGGUUUUUUCUCCGAAUCCAGAGAAGAAAGAUGACGUUAUUGUUAAAGAUGGUCAUAGAGUUGUAGUUGUUGAGUAUGAGCCAAAUGAUGGACAAACUAAGGUAUCAAUUUCUCCACCUGAAACAGAGCAUAAAGAGAAAACAGGGCAUGUUUCAGUUUCAGAUGUUAAAAAUAAAUUAUCAGAAAAAGCAGAGGAAAUUGAAGAAAAAAUUGGUAGGUUUCAUGGGAUGAAUGCUAGAGAACUUGUUUGUGAUGCUUAUGGGAAGUGCAAACAUAAGAUAGCAAGUGCACUUGAAGGGACUAAAGACUCUGUUACUGAAAAGAUGCAUGAAAUUCAAGAAGAUGCUAAAGAGGGGUUUGAGAAAGUGACUGGCAAAGCCCAUGAGGCAAAAGAAACUGUUGGGAAGAAAGUGGAUGAGGUGAAACAAGGGGCUAAAGAAACGGCUGAGAAAGUUAAAAUAAAAGCAGUUGACACGACAAGUACACUGAAAAAUCAUUUGAUGAAGAAUGCUUCGGAAGAUCUUGAUUUGAUUGAAGAGAAGGUGAAAGAAGAUGCACAAAGGCUUAAAGUGGAAGUCAAAAGAGACUAUCAUGUUGGUCGUAGGUUUUUGUCAGCAUACAUCUUCUCAGCCAAGAGCUUUAGAUCUUUGAUGGGAAUAAUUCAUUUGCUGGGAUUUGCAUUGUCUUAUGGGGUUUCUGUUUGGAUGACUUUCAUAUCGAGUAAUAUCUUGGCAAGAGCUUUGCCGAAGCAGCAAUUUGCAAUGGUACAGAGCAAGAUUUACCCUGCUUACUUCAAAACUAUGUAUUAUGGCAUCGCUACGGCGUUUUUGGGCCAUAUGUUGAGCCAGAUGCUUCCAUAUUAUGCGAAUCGGACUGAAAAAAUCCAAGGUCUCAUUUUUCUGGCCAUAUUCUCCAUGACUUUGUUCAAUUGUUUCUACUUGGAGCCUCGAGCCACUAAGGUGAUGAGGGAGAGAAUGAAAAUAGAGAAAGAGGAAGGAAAAGGGAAAGACGUUUUCAACGUAGAACCAAGCACAUCAAGUGUAGAUGCUUUCGAGGAUCCAACAGGUAUUAAAACAGGUAAAUCAACAACUCAUGAACCUCUUGAAACCCAACAAGAGUUGUCAGAGGAAACAGCAAGAUUGAAACCACAAGUUGAAAGAUUAAGUCAGAGGCUAAAGAAGUUUAAUGUAAUCUCAUCAUUACUCAAUUCACUCACACUAAUGGGUCUCUCAUAUCACCUUGUUUAUCUUAGCCAACUCCUCCAUUCCAACCCUUAUUAA